CUAUAUCUACCUUGAAGAAAUGGAUAUCAAAGUACUGCAAUUUCAAAAUAAAAAGCUAGCACAGCGUAUUGAACAAAGGCAUAGAUCAGAAGCUGAAUUGCGGCAAAGAAUAGAACAGUUAGAAAAAAGACAAACGCAAGAUGAUGCUGUUUUGAACGUUGUGAACAGAUAUUGGAAUCAGUUAAACGAGGAUAUAAGAGUAUUGUUACAAAGAUUUGAUGCCGAAACAGCAGAUGAAUUAGAAAAUAAAAAUGAAAAUGAGGCUACUACAUCUUUCUUGAUGCAAUUAUCGACUUGGGACAAAGAAGAAUUAGAUGAUAAACUUGCAAAUCGUGUUCAAGUAUCAAAGCGUGCCGUGGCAAAAAUUGUACAAGUAUUUGAUAGAUUGAUGCAGAGAAAUGAAAAGAUCACACUUGCAUUGAAAGAGGAAGAAGGUGCAGCUAAUCUUGAUGAGACAUUACAACAAGCUUUUAUGGAUGUACAGGCAGAAAAUAGAAAUCUACAAUCUUUAAAUACAUCUUUGCACGAGAAACAUCAUAUAAUGUGCUUAAAAACAUCAGAACUUCAGGAUUCUGUUACAGGCAAAGAUACUGAAGCGGCAGAACUAAGGAAUCAAAUUGAUGAUCUUCAGUAUGAGUUACAGAAGGUGCGAUCACGAAAUGACAAAUUAGAAAAUCAUUUAGCAGAAGCUAUAGAAAAAUUGAAGACUUAUCAUCAAUUGCAUGGUGAUAGUGAUAAAUCUUCAAAUGCAGGUAAAGGUGUUGUAACAACUAAUGUGGCAGCUUCUCAAUUAGAAGAUUUACACAAGGAAUUAGAAGAAUAUAGGGAAUUGGCAAACAAUCGUCUACAAGAACUUGAUAAACUUCAUCAGCAGCACAGAGAUUCAUUGAAAGAAGUUGAGAAGCUAAAAAUGGAUAUAAGACAAUUACCAGAAUCGGUUAUUGUCGAAACAACAGAAUAUAAGUGUCUACAAUCCCAAUUUUCUGUUUUAUAUAAUGAAUCUAUGCAAAUCAAGACAGUAUUAGAUGAAACCAGAGUGCAAUUACAAACCUGCAAAAAUCAACAUCUGAGACAGAUAGAAAUGAUGGAGAGUGAAGAAUUAAUAGCGCAAAAGAAAUUAAGAGGAGAGAUGAUUCAACUGGAGGAUGUUUUAGCACAACUUCGAAAAGAAUAUGAAAUGCUGAGAAUUGAAUUUGAGCAAAACUUGGCAGCAAAUGAACAAACUGGACCCAUAAAUAGAGAAAUGAGGCAUUUAAUCACUUCUUUACAAAACCACAAUGGUCAAUUAAAGGGCGAAGUGCAACGUUAUAAAAGAAAAUAUAAAGAUGCCAAUGCUGAAAUACCUAAGUUGAAAAAGGAAAUUGAAGACCUCACAGCGCGGAUCGGUUCAUCAAAUAAUGCUCAAAACCAAGGUGAUACCGAAAUUAAACAUGAGAAAGAAGGUACAAAUUGUGGAGGAAGUACCACUGGUCCUUUUAAGGAUAACAUAAAAGAAGAGAGUGGAACUGAUGCACAUAAUACUGGAAAUACUCCAGUUAAAGAUGAAGCAAAUACUGGACAAUGUGUCAAGAAAGAGGAGGAUGAUCCAGAAGGCGCAAAACAAGAUAAAGGUGGUGCUCAAAUUAAAAAGGAACCUGGUAAAACUGAAAAGGAGCAAAGGGAUGCACAAAGAGCUAAAGAAGCAAAAAUUGCUGAAUCAGAUAUGGUCAGAGAUUUGAAAGCUCAAUUGAAAAAAGCAAUGAAUGAUCAAAAAGAAAUGAAAUUACUGCUUGAUAUGUACAAAGGAGUUAGUAAAGAACAACGUGAUAAAGUUCAACUUAUGGCUGCUGAGAAAAAAGCUAGGGCCGAAGUUGAAGAUUUGAAACAGCAAUUGAAAAAAAUACAGCCUGUUUUUUCUAAGGAUAAUAAAAGGGAUGAAAGGAAAAAGAUGGCAGAUGAGGAUGCUUUAAAAAAAAUCAAACAACUUGAGGAACAAAAAUAUGAACUGCAAAAACAAGUUGCAUCCCAAAAAGCACCUGCAGAAAGUGCUUGGCCUGCAAGUCAUUACAAUAGGCCCUUUGCUGGAUCAGCGGAGGAAGAGGCAUUAUUGAAUGAGAUGGAAGUCACCGGGCAAGCUUUUGAAGAUAUGCAGGAACAGAAUUCAAGGCUUGUUCAACAAUUAAGAGAAAAGGAUGAUGCAAAUUUCAAAUUAAUGUCGGACAGAAUCAAAGCCAAUCAACUGCACAAAAUGUUAAGGGAAGAAAAACAGAUUCUUCAAGAACAGGUAGCAACAAGAGAAACUCAAAUUGAAGCAAUGAAUGUAGUUUUAAGAAAGUUGGAAGAAAAGGAAAGGAUUCUCCAAAAUACUUUAACAACAGUUGAAAAAGAAUUAGUGUUGCGACAACAGGCUUUGGAAAUGCAUAAACGAAAGGCAAUUGAAUCUGCUCAGAGUGCAGCAGAUUUGAAAUUGCAUUUAGAAAAAUACCAUUCUCAAAUGAAAGAAGCACAACAAGUUGUAGCUGAAAAAACAAGUUCACUAGAAGCAGAAGCUUACAAGACGAAGAGAGUUCAGGAGGAAUUAGCUCAGUUCAGAAGAAAGGCAGAACGCAUGAAGAAAAUUGAGAUGGCUGGUACAUCUAUCGAUGAAGUUAUGUUAGAAGAAAUAAGAGAGUACAAGGAAACUCUAACUUGUCCCUCUUGUAAAGUUAAGCGUAAGGAUGCAGUGCUUUCAAAAUGUUUCCACGUAUUUUGCUGGGAUUGUUUGCGAACAAGAUAUGAAACAAGACAGAGGAAGUGUCCUAAAUGUAAUUGUGCAUUUGGUGCCAAUGAUUAUCAUAGACUUUAUUUAUCUACUUAAAGGAAAUUGUUUUUAAUCCUUUAAUCCAAUUAAUUUUAUUUCAGUGUUUUUAUUUUUUUGAUAUAUUUAUGAUAUAUUAAUCUGUAUAUUGACUGCAUUUAUUAUGAAUACGGAAAAAUAUAAUUUUUA